AUGAUAUUAGAGUCAAAGUUGGUAGGUCUAGAUGGUCUUAUUGUUGCAGUUGCAAGUUGAGCAGAGGACAUCCGCCUUGAUAAUCGCUCCCACGAAGGAACUAUGCGACCAGAUCACCAAGGACAUCAAAUCCUUGUGCAAGUAUGCCUCAAGAGAACUGAACGUUGUGGAUGUGGCGCAGAGUUCUGAUGUUGAUAUACUAAGGUAAGUGAGCUGCUAGUGUUAGAUUAGUCCAUUAGACCAGUGCUUGUUGAAAAGCCCGACAUUAUUGUCGGGACACCAUUUCGUAUCCUGGCACAAUUGCACCGCAAGAGGCUUCAUUUCGAGGACCUUACUUUCCUUGUUGUGGAUGAAGCUGAUCUCGUUCUCGCCUUCGGAUACGGUAAGGAUAUCCAGGAGUUAAAAUCUUACUUACCGAAGACUAACCUGCAGGUAGAUUGCCAACAUGACCAUAUACUUUUUUCAGGUUGUUCUUAUGUCUGCCACCCUCGAUGAAACAACGAAGGAGCUUCGGCGCUCUAUUCACACGGGCGAGUGGGUACGUGUCGAACUUCCUGAGGAAAACUUUCUGCCUUCAAACAACCGACUUACACAGUAUAUGAUAAGGUACGUUAUUGCAAUAAUCGAACACUUUCAGUGCUGAAGAGCCCUCGAAAUAUGCUAUCUUGAUUGCGAUGAUCCGUCUAAAGCUUGUUAGAGGCAAAACGAUGAUAUUUACGAACUCCAUUGAUCGCUGUUAUAAGUUGUGCAUUUUCCUCAUAACAACAGUGUUCAGGCUAAAAAUCUUUCUAGAGGAAUUUGGCGUCCAAACUGUUAUUUUGAAUUCGGAACUUCCUGUUGCGACGCGGUGCCAUACUGUCCAACAGUUCAACAGAGGACUGUACGAUUAUCUUUUGGCAACUGAUGAGAAUGAUUCGACUGAAGUCGCGGAACCCUCUAAGAAGCAUCAAAGGUACAGUGUUCGUUCGUUCGACUUUUGACGACACCAUUUCCUGAACGCAAAAUCUGCUCUUAUUUAUUUCUUUCGGUCGGUUCUUCUCCUGCCUUGAUAAGCCGUUGUAUUAUUCCGCCCUUCAGAAACUUCCCAAAAGAUACGGAAUACGGGGUUUCCAGAGGCAUCGAUUUCAAGCUUGUCAGUAACGUCAUUAAUUUUGAUUUUCCUCUGACGGCCAAGCGUUACGUUCACCGCGUUGGUCGCACAGCCCGAGCUGAUCAGAUGGGUACGGCACUGUCCUUUGUUAGUAGUGCAGAGGAACCCAGGCUGGUCGAAGUUGCUGCGCUUCUUACGCGUGGGCUGCCAGCAGCCUCUGGGGCUUCCGAUAAGUCUACUGGUAUGUCUUACUAGUCUGCUUUCUACUUCGUUUCCUUUGUGCAUUUCUGAAGCUCUGUCUUAAAAUAUUCUACCUUUCCGUCUUUUUAAUGUUACAUGACUGUUUAGGUGUGCAUGGUAAUGUGGCUUGUGCUCCUUACAUGAAAUUACCCACACUCUUUGUUCUCCCAAUAUUAUGGUUCGGCCGUCACAAACAACGGCGUCCAUUGCUACCCCAGUACGUGGGCACAAAUGUGACUUGCACAUAAACUUGUUUGGUCAGAUGGGAUUUUGCAGCAUCUACUUCGCUCCUUAAAUACCCAUAGUGCUCCGAUAGCUAACCAAAGUCAAGACGACUGGAGGUGGCUGCGUCUCUGUCACGAAAGCAAAAUAGAUGAAAACGUUGUUGUUGUUGUUGUUGGACAAAUGUUUCUAGGCCGUGCAUAUGAGCAUCAGCUUUAGGUGCACUAACAGGUGUUGCAUCAUUCUGUUUGUCAGUUGGAAUUGUGCUACUUUCCUGCUCAGUAAUGGGUGGGCGGUCAGGGGAAAAUGGGAUCGAAUUUUCAUGUACGGGCGUGGCCAUCUCCUGAUGGCAAUCACCAAUAUCUUUUUCACCACUGGGAGCAAGUAGUCGAACGGAUACAGCUUCCUCUCUGCCGUUAUUGAAUUAUAUAUGAGCAUAUUGGGGAUUACACUCGAGCAGAUCGACCUUCUUAACGAGCGGAUCAAAUUUGGACUCCUGACUGCCCUUCUUCAGCAGAACUCUGCCACGAAAGGCAAGCUACAUGAGCAGAGUAGUCCCAGCGGUUGAGCUUCUAUUGUAGACAAAAAUUCUCUGAUGAGGUGUCGCAUUAGUGACAGUACAUAAAAGUGACCCAAUUGAGUGUAAAGCGGACUCCCAGUGCGUGACAGGCAAACUUUGGGACUUUAGAGCAAGUAGGAUAGUCAUCCAUAAAGCUUGGUUCAAACGUGUGACCUGCCAAUUUCCAGGGGAUUGUACGGAGUUGUUAUACUCGUCGCCACUCCCUUAUUACGAAGGAAUUGCUGAACUUCGUUUGACAUAAAUAACGAUUCCCACUCGGUGUGCAAUAACGGAGUAGCGAAUAUGGAGGAGCUGACACAAACAUUUAAUUUCAGUUUCAACAGUCUGAUCAGGACAGGCAAAUGCAAAUGGGGAACGAUAAUAUUCAUCAAUAAUCGUCAGCCGAUAGCGGUCGUGGGUUACCGACGGAAGAUGACCUUUGAAGUCGAGUGACAAUCGUUCGAACAGUUGGGUAGCUUUGAUGAUUUGGCCAUGUGUCUUAGGCAAACGGGGUUUGACUUCACAGCACUCCUGGCAUUUGCGGAAACAUAUAAAAUCUCCUCUAUCGAAAAGGGGAGAUUCCGGGCUCGAGAAAAGUGUGAAAGCCGAGAGACACCGAGAUGACAAAGUGACACAUAUAGUUCCUCCAGAUUGACACUGGUUAGUGAAGCGCCACAACAAUGACAGGAAAACGUGUCCGCCGCCCGAUUUUCUUUACCAGGUCGGUAGAUAAUGUCAAAUUUGAAUGAGGAUAGUUCCAACCUCCAGCGUUUGACCUUACCAUUCUUGACCUUCCCCUUUUGCCGGUUGCCGAGAACAAGGGCAACAGAAUGCUGACCCGUGAUGAGUUUAAGGCUAUUACAGAGGAGGACGUGCUUCCGUUUGUUCAUGGAUUCCACUACGGCGUGUGCGUCUUUCCCUAUAGCUGAAGGAUGUCGCUCAUUUGGAGAAAGGCUACAUGAAAAGAACGCUACUGGUCGGUCAUUCUGAUUCAGUGUGGCGGCGAUUGCGACGUCCGAGGCAUCAGUCUCGACAACUAAUGUGGUCUCGUCCUGAACACUGGCCACUGUAGCUUUCGCAAGUUCCUCCUUUAGAGUCUCAAAUGCUUCCAUUGCCUUCAGUAGUAAAGGUGAAGUCUCGUUGUAGACAAGCAGACGAAUUUUAUCUGAAAAAUGAGAUAUCCAUUGUGAGUAGUAUGCAAACGGUCCCACAACUCGUUGUAAAGCUUAUGCGGAGAAGCCAUUUCACACAAGGGCCUUAGAAGGUCCGGAUCUGGCUUUACUUUGCCAGUGGAUACCUUGUAAUCAGGAAGUUUGAUUUGUUUGACAGCAAUAACACUUUUGGUUUUAUUGAAUGUUAGUCCGUACUUCUAGGCCACGUUAAGGAAUUUUUGAAGAGUUGAAUCAUGCCCCGCGAGGCUGUUCCCACAAAACGUGAUAUUGUCCACAGAGACGUAAAUAUUCUUUAGACGCUCACGCGUAAUUAUGUCGUCGAUGGCCCAUUGGAGGCACACAACCCGCCGAUCACACCAAACGAGAUACGACAAAAAUGAUAUAAACGUCCACAAGCUUCAAAGGCAGUGUACGGUCUUCCCUCUACCCCGAUGCCUAUCUGGUGAUAGGUGUUCUUGAGAUCAAGAGUGCUAUACAUAUCGUAGUUUACAGUAUGUUCAAUCAUUUCGUUUAGGCUGGGGAGGGAUAGGCGUCUAGAAGCGUGUAUUUGUUGGUCGUUUGGCCACAAUCGACAAUCAUCCGCUUUUUGUGGUUUUCAAUAGCUACCACCAAAAAUUGGGCUCGCCAAGGGGAUAAUGAGUGAUCAGUUACACCCUCGGAAAGAAGGUGAUGAAUCUCUCGUAUAAAUCGCUCAUCUAUAUUGGUGUUUCAGCGGGAUUUAGUAGCGAUAAGUUUGCAGUCCGGUGUCAGAUUAAGAAACAAACAGGGAGGCUCGACUCAGGCGACAGCCACAGAACAAGGCGAGAACGUAGGUUUAGAUCCAUCAAAAUCGAUUUUAACACUUGUGGAGCCGAAGAAAGUCAUGUUCAACUAGAACUUGUACUUGAUACGACUGCGAUCAUGUCUGAUCUAGCCGGCCUCGAUAAUGUUACGACCUGUGCCCCUCCACGCGUGACGGUCCGCGGCAGCAGAUCUGGACAACCCAACCCAUUCCCUUCGCCAACGACGGAGACCGAAUACCGAAGGUCCAAGAACCACCUCCAUGUCUUGACGAACUGUGUCGAGCCAGGUUUUGGGUUGGCCCCCUCUUCGACGCCUCCAAUAGGGCGACGGUGCCGGAUCAAAGGCAGAAACACUGAGCUCCUAAGGUGGACGACGAAGAACAUGCCCAAACCACCUCUGUCGUCUUUCUUGGAUGGCCCGAGUUAUCCUUGCGAUGUUGUCGCAGCGAGCGCGGACUGCCUCAUGUGAGACGAAGUCGGUGAACCUCUUUCGAAGGAUGAUUCUCAAGCAGUGGUGGUCAAAUACCUCCAGUUUUCGCUCGAACUCCAUGCGCAAAACCCAACAUUUACAACCGUUGAGAAGGACAGACCGGACAGAUGCACAGUACACGCGAAUCUUAGUGUCGCUGCUGGUCCGCGACUGCUUAUUCGUCAGACGUGGGUCUUCUUAUUUCGCAGCUAACCUUCACUGAAGGUCGUCCAGCUAUCCGCCACCUGUGGACCGCCGGAUAGCCAACAUCUAGGCUAACGGGCAACCCGUCUUCCCGGCGAUCUAACUAGAACAUCGGCACACAAAUCUGGCAAGACCGAUAGCUUGACCCACUCGUGUAUCGUACAUUGAUAUUUAAUAGAGACAAAAACGUGUCCUUGCGUGGCGCUGGUUAAGGCGGUGGGGGCAGUGGAUAUCUUAGUGCGAGAGUUAUGAGCCUCCAACUCAUUUCGGAGCACUACUGAAGAAAUAUAACUUCCAGAACUACCUAUGUCAAGUAGGGCCUUAAAAGUAGUCCUAUUUACCUGUAAUUCGACCACUGCACUUGAAAGACGGUCAGGAACAGCAGCUGAUGCUACGGUGGAAACGGUAGGAUACAUAGUGGAAGAGACGGCUCUUCGGAUUCGUGAUGCUAGGCGCUCCUUUUGGAAGUGCCCUUUUUAACGUAUCCUUUGCAUAAGGCAUCGCGUAUGGGACACAUCGGACGGUGGUGCAUGUAUCCACAAAAGAAACAUUUGCUAUGGGAUGAAGUAGAAGCCACUGCGCCAGGUUCUUUAACGGGACUCGACGAAAUUUCACAUGGCCCAGUAACAACAGAGAAUGACGUCGUCGGAGGAUUCUGAUACAACAGAGAUCGUCUUUCUGCCAAUUCUAGUGACCUCGUCUGAUCAAAGGCAGUUUGGAAGUUCGAAUUCUUCUGCUCCAAUAACAUCUGUCGAAUCUGGUUUGACGAAGGGCCUCUGAUGAACUCGUCCCUGAUGGCAUCGCGAUGUUGUUCAGCCGUAACGGCUUUAAAAUGCCUAGUCCUUAGCUAAGGACUUUAACUUUUGAGCGAACUGGUCGAGGGUUUGUCCGCAUUCCUGUCUGCAGGUUGCCAGAAGAUGGCGGGCGAAAAUUUCGUUUUUGGGCCGUAGGUAGAGACCGUGCAGCAAUUUAACAGCUUCUUCGUAACUGGAGCAUUCACUGAUGCAUUCCCAGACUGUCUAAGAAACGUAGUUAGUCAGAACUUUUAACUUAUUCGGUUUCAGGCCAUCGAUCAUGGACAACAAAAUUUUUAGAAGUGCGAAACCGAUGGUUCCACUGUUCAGAAACGUCUUGAGAAUUUGGAUCAACAUUAAAUCGUUCUGGCCUAAGGAAUCGAUCCAUUCAGGGAUUGCAAGAGGAAUAAAGUGUUGUAGCUAGGACCGUAGCAAGCACACGAGAGGGAGAACAAGAGCAAAUCGGGAUGCAACAGUCAGAACGAGAAUACCCUUUAAUAGGGCUUUAUUCAUCUUGCAGUUGACGUACUGGAACUAAAACGGUUCAUGGUCGCCUUGUGACAACGCCGUCAUCGGACAUUGCGGCUUUUUUAUAAGGCUUUCAGCGAUAGUUUCGAAUACACGCACUCCUGGCACUGUCAGUCAGCCGGAUCGUUUCACUUAAAACCUGGUCCUUGCGCCGGGGUCUACUGUCGGACGACACUUUCGGCGAGGGAAUCGUUUGACUAGAUCUCCUAGCCAUCAGCCAUUAAUAUGGACUGAAGGGGAUCUCAAUUUGUUCUAUAAAUAUAACCGCGAAAAUGCCUUACAUACUGACAGGCCCACGGACAUUUACAAGUCUCAGACAGCUACUGGAAUGUUUACUUUGUCCUAGGCAACUGUAAUUAGCACACCGGUUCUUUGUCCCAAACCCAGCUACCUAACUUACUACUUUGUCAUUAGCGUAUUAGUAAACUUUCCGACUUCAGGUUAACAGGUCAUAUUCACUCGCCUAACUCUUGCUUUCUUUUUCUGUUACUUGCGUUUAGUGGAUGCGGUCUUUAAACCUUACCAGUUUCGUCUGUCAGAAGUGGACGGUUUCCGUUAUCGUGCGGCCGUGAGUAAAAUUGGAUGGCCUUAUACAACUUUAAAAUGCGCUCCCUAUUUAUUUCUUAAUCUUGCCUGAUUUCAUAUACUUGUCAGUUUGAGUUCCUUGGAGGGAAGAAUGCUUGCCAACUAUCAUCCAUGUCCAGCCAAUCAACUUAAAGGUCAGGUCAGACUGGAUAGAACACGUGAUGCGUCUUUAUUCCGUUUUCAUACUAUUCUCAUGGCUAUGAGCCUAGCUGACGGUAGGUGCAGCAGACUACCCGCCUUGAAAUCGAAAUUUGUAUGGAUUGUGGGUUUAAAGAAACUUACACGUUUAGGUUACCUCUCCUUCCUUCUUCUACGUAACUACACCCUAGACCGAAUAAAGCUACCAGACAAUAGGCACACAUGUGUAAUUAAUGACUUUCAACAAGAUUUGUUACAGGAUUGCCACUGUUCUCCACAAUGCUCCACGCCUGUCGAGACCAAAAGUGCUGAAUUCACUUUUGCAUGUGUCCGGUCGCGGCUAUUGGCCAGAGCUACUGCGAACUGUCUCCCCUGUCUUGGCUUCUCUGUCUGUCCACAUGCGAAAGCGAGCCACCCCGUGCUGUGCAAAUAGCCAUACACUUUGUCAGAUGACUGACCUUUUGGCAAGGAAGGCUUGUCAGGCCUCCAGUCCUAUUUUCUUUGAAUUCAUUGAGUUCUGUUGACAAAUUUCGGUCAAGAUGAAGAGAAUACUGAUAGAAGCGAACAAGCGAGUUCCAGGAAGCAGUUUAGAAGACGAAGAGAAGAGAAUAGCCUAGGCACUGGAACUAACCUGACACGAAUAUCCCGUUCACGCGUCACAACAUGAUUAGCACCUCCACGCAACUGUACCGAGUUUCGCACAACUUGCCACCCCUUCACAGACGCUAGAUGGCUUAACAUAGUUGGGGCGGUUAUCAGGGUGCGGUCGCCGGACUCAUUAAGGCUUCGUAGGGCUAAAGGUGAGGUGUGGGCACAAGUCUGGAUGUUAAUCCAUCCAAAAGGACUUACCAGUUCUGACUAACCAGUGUAUCCCAGCGCCUGGUGGUAGUUUGAGCAUCACAGGUACCGAGGUUUAUACUAUGCAAGAAAGGGCGCAGUUGUGACAUGCGCGUGAAUUUGUUUAUAAUGCGAGAGGCUCUCAUUGUCCUCAAUGUGUGCCAGCUUACAGGGCUAUACGGUCUGUCAACGCUCUGAUGUUCCGGUUGUUUUUAAUGACGACGACUCUGAACUCGCUUAGAUGAGAUUGCCAUAAAGGCCGCAUUAAGAAUCAGCUACUACAGCCUGAUCCGCGCUCAUGAAAAGACGGAGUUACUUCGUCGGUUGACAGACGUUCAGGCCACAAACUUUAGCGCGUCGUGGUAGGUCAACGUGCCUCAGAUUUAUCAUAAUGGGCAAUGCGUGGAGUCGCCGUAGGGAUGAGCUCCCCAGUGUCGGCCUCACUCUCCCGUCGCCCAUCCACCGGUCGACUGUCCGAACCAGUCAAACAACUGACAUUGCGGUUAGACACAGUGUUUGGCAGGGCUGAAUAGUCCAUAUACACUUGACACACACGACGGUGAAACGUCGCAUGUUAGAGCGUGCACCUCUCGCGUAAGUGGGAAGCAUGGCCUUUAUUGUGUCUUAGUACAUGAAGUGGGGACCAUCCAACUGCACCCAAGACCAUCCGCGGUUCUGUCAACAUUUUCUCGUCAUCGGAGCGAGGUGGAUGGAAAAAGAGGCUGUAGUAGAUGCUGCGCAAGUCUGUUUCUAAACUAAUUCGUGCCGAAGUCAGUGGUACAGCGCCCAGUCCGUGCGGCACGCGGUGGCUGUCGGCGCUUUCAAAGGUCGAACUGUCAUAGGCGUGUAGGUGAAACGUGGUAUUAUAUUUUUCGCUUAAUCGUGUUACUUUACUGAAGAUUUUCCUAGAUGUUUAUACAGCCGAACGCUCCGGAACAGUUAAGGGAGCGUGUAAGCUGGGGUUUCCGGCAGUGGUUCGCUGGUCUACGUGCGAACAAUUCGCCGGCCGUUGUGUAAGGUGCGGUCGCAAUGGUGACCGGUUGGUACUGAGUCCACAUUGUUGGUGGUAGUGGACAGGAUGAGAGGACAGGUAGGUCAGCUUAUUUCCGCGAUCCUGCUGGUGAUAGCAACGAUUUAUGUCGGAGGCGAUUAAAAUCAGUGAGUCGCCGCGGCAGUGGAUGCGAUGCGAUCCGACCAAUCCGGUGGGUGCUUUGAACGUCGGCCGGCCAUGCGGUGUUGGGUGUUUGGCAGCAUUGAUCCGUGACGGCGUGCUUGCCUUAUCUGCGAGUACCCGCAGUGACAUUGCGGUAGACUAGUCACAUGGGCAGGCGCCUGUCAUCUGUCCGUGCAAUGUGACCUCCCUAUCUCAGUUUUAUCUGCCUCACCGUAGCGUGUAUACUGAGAAUGUCGAUAUCUUCCAGGAACUCCGUGUCAGGGAUCCUGUCUUGCCGCAGCGGAGGCACCUGAGGUGAAAAUGGUUGAGUCUUCUAGUUUGGAUUUCGUAGACUAUCUAUGUUUUCUGUUGUGGUCAGGAUCUCACUCGAUCCCUUUCUGUCCAUCCCCCAGCUUGCUACGGGCGACGACGAACGUUGCGCCGUAGGACACAUACCACAUGUAAUACAUACGCAGCCCACAGAGUUCCGUUUAUGUGCGCGUUGUAUUCAUCAGAUGGUGUUGAUUGAUACAUAACCACAUUCUUCUCCGUGUCAUGGUCGGAAGGCGGAAGUAAGUGGAUCCAUGCUUCAUCGCGUGUUUGCAUCCGUCGUCGUACUGAGGGCUCAAUCAUCCGCGAACACAUGAUCAUGAACGCUGGUCGUGGAGACUCACGUGGUUGCCGACAUGCGUCGGAUGUUGAGCAACCGUUCAUCAGUUCGGCAAGCGAUGUUCAUUUGCGGCCGCUCUUCACGGUAGACGUCCAUCAGCUUGGAGUAUGACACGAAGCUGAUGACUGAGGGAGCAAGUACAUGAGCCAGCUUCACCCCAUUUGUUACAGCGAUUGCUUUAGAAUCUGCCCCGUUGUCCAUGGCGCGAGCUUCUAUAUCCGUCGAGUUAGCGACAUCCGUGUGGAACACCUUGAGCAUCCAAAUUUCCACAAAUCUUUCCAAAUCUCGUCGCGAUUGACAGUGUCGAGGGCGACUGUCAAAUCAACGAAUGUGGUGUGUAGCCUGGUCCUUCUUUCUUGUUUUUUUUUCUUAUAGUUAACGGGCAGCGACGAUCUUGUCGAUGGUUAUGUGGUUCCCUCAAAAUGUGAGUUGAGUUUCAAGAACAAAUCCCUGCUCCAGGUGAAGAUCUAAACAAUAGAGCAGGAUGCCGGCAAAGACUUUUCCUGUAACGUUAAGCAGGGUGGCGCCGCAGUGAUUGUCACGGGGUUGCCGGCUUCCUUUUUGCCGAAGUAAACGAAGGUGGCGUCCUCGAUGUCAUGAGCGACUUGUCCUUGUCUCCACAACUGCCACUUGGGAUUUCUGUUCGAUUAAGUGCAUAUUACGGUUUGACAAUGGAGGGCUGACCAAGCUCUUCAAAACGUCAUCAACUAAGUAAACCCGUUUCGAUGAGCCCACCUUUUUCUUCAAAUAUCCAGACCAGUUUGUCCGUGACCUGUGGGCUGCUAUAUUUGUAGAAUUCGUGAGAGAGUGAGUCAUUGUCCGGUGUCACGCCGCAGGAAUAUGGUGUUUGAUUACAUUAUCAUACAGCCAGGUCGAACGGCUGAGGUCUGCGUUGGCUUUCGCUCAAAGGAGUAUCUUGAUGACUUCAUCGGAUAUUUUUGAUGUCCAGUUGAGGACACUUCCGAAGUGGUCAACUCCAGAGUUUUCGUUUUUUCCAUCAGGAGGGUUUUUUUGUCGGAACUGGACAGUGGCGUCUUCCUAUGACUUGGGGACUGCAAACCGUCUUGAAGGACGCGAAGCAGUUGUUCACUUCAUUGUGAUCUGCGUAUGUUUGGGUUCCUUCACUCCUGCAGAUCGCCCAUAAGUUUUGCUCCUUCCUCGGUCGCUGAUGCACUGGGCUGCAGCAGUUAGAGCAUAAAAAAGGUUGCUCCGACUUUACAUGGGAAAGAUGGGCUUUGACCCUUUGUUGGUAUGCAGGACAGGCUGGUGCCGGCCUCUGUCAAGCUGGACGCAAAACGCGUCAUAACUUCCCAUCGGGCUACCCAAGUUCUCCAAACCCUACUUGGGGACUUUUUGAAGCAUUUGUCAUCUCUUGCCUGUCAUAGCCUAAACAAUUCUGCUCUACAUAAAUUACACUCAUUAUCCUCGCCAGUUAGUUGGAGAACAUUUUCAGGCCGCCGGCUAUCUGUGUUCCACGUUAUUGUUCGAUCAAUCGGAAUGAACGCACCUGACAUUCUAUCCAACCUCCCAGUAACAAACGCGCUGUGUAAAUUUUUCGGCCUGUAAACAAGUAAUAGAAAAUAGGUUUGCCUACUGAACUCUCUUCUGGGUUACCCAAUGCAGCACUGGCAUUUUAACCAGGGUCUUUGUGAUUUUUCAUUUCACGACUUUGUCCGCUUCACUCGUUUCCUAUCCGCUUCCCACAGGACAUUGUUGGCAGAAUCAGUAGAAAGCGUAUUCGCGAAGCCCGGCUUAAGGAAAUCAAAAUGGAACUUAUAAAUUCGGAACGUUUAAAAGGUUACUUUGCUGAUCACGCCGCCGACUACGAUGCUCUACGGCACGACAAGCCUCUGUCUGCAGUCGCUCAGCCCCAUCUAAAAGAUGUUCCGGAGUAUAUGGGUAUGUCUUUUUGUUAAUCAUCCGUACGUUCCUGUUAAUUUGCGUUAUUUUGAGGAAAAAUCCCUACAAGUGGUUGUCCUCUGCGCCCAGGGUCGAGAUUGAGCAAAUAUGGUCCUGAAGAAACUGCUUUCCUCUCACUGCAACUUUCCAGGCCUGACAAUCGGCCGAAUAUUGCAGCACACGUCAAACUCGGACAGUCAGCAGGUGCAUGGGAGAGGAAGGUGAGAGUGAGGUCGACAUUGGGGACUCCAUCCUCACAACACGCCAGCGCAUUUCCCACUAUGACGCGCCUAGUCAUGACUAGAUGAGAUGGAUAACUCGGCCUUACACGGGACUGAACGUCAGGCGGUGAUGGCUCCUUAAUGUAGCGUCUUCAGCACUCCGACUCAGAUAAGAUCCUACCAUGUGAUAUUCGAGACGCUUCCCCUAGUGAAAACCCGGUGCAUGCUGUUGGGACCAGGUCGUGUGUUGCACGCGUCAACGGGCUGUUUAACCAUAUCGGCUACCGCGCCCAUUCACGGUCGUCUUCAUACCGUCUUUCCGCCGGAGCCGGGCAAGUGAGAAUGGAGAGUGUGGCAGGUGCUGCGCAAGUUCGCUGCCGAAGUCACCACCGUACGCCAACUCCGCAGGACACAUUGUGGGCGUUUUCGUUCGCGACGGUCGAACUUUCGGCAGCGGAAGUUGCCAAAUGAACGGAUAAGACUCUUCGGUCUGGACUUCGGGCUCCGAUCGCCCUCUCCCGCUACGGCCUUGAGCCAAAUCUUACAGCUAUGAUAACAUCUGGCUCGUGCCAAUUGGGGAACGCGAUAAACAUGGGGUCAUCCACUGCACCAAGCUCACUUGCAGUCACUCUGAUCUAGCCUUGUCAUUAAAACGCAUUGGGUGUGAAAAGGGGGCAAGGCUGAUACCGUACAGACUUGUGUUACGUCAAACUAAGAUUGUCAUAGGAGGCAGCGGUAGUCCUUCUUGAGUUCUAAUUGCUGAGAAAGCUUCAUUUCUCAGGUCAGACAAGCUGGCCUGGUCUCGUAUGCUGCAUUGUCACAAGGCCUUAUAUUUGGAACUCUGAUAAAUCACCCGUAUAAUGCGUUCUCUCGCCACUGUCGCUCAAUUCCGCGGUGCCCCGUCUUCCUAUUUUUGCCUACACUGCUAGCGGUAGAGGUUGGGUCUGCUCCUCUCGUCGACUAUUAUAAAAGGUUGUCUACACUCAGUGGGAAAAUGUGCUGUCAGUUUGCUGGAGAAAAGUGCCUUUGCCUCUCGCUCGUGCCCCACUCAGUCGCACCAUUCCACAAAUGUGCAACUAAAUGAGGAGCCACGGACUGCCAUAGAGUUUGUUUAAACGUCGUUUUGUGGACGUUAUCCUUUGAAUUUCUAUCGUUUUUCUCAGAACCACUGGAUGAGCACCCGGAAUAUCUGCUCCCAUCGAGGAUGCUGCCUGUAGGCUGGGCACCAAAAGCCGACGAUGGCUCUCACCAGCUCUUAUUUACCCACUCAUGGCGUAUUAUUUUCUCUUUGCAGUACCGCCCUCCCUACAGACCCUGGUCAAGAGUUCGACCAGACGUAUCCGUAGUAGGCAACGUUUUCGACAAAACAGACGUCCGAGCCAACAGGACGUCCCCUCCUCCUCCUCAGCUGCCGUUGGUCAUUCUGGACUGGAAGCCCCGAGCCACAUCAAACUGAAGAAACUGCGUAGCCACAAGACCAAAAUGGCACUAGCCCGGAAUCCUGCUAAGCUCGCUCAGAUAAAAACCCAGCUGGCACGACGGGUAAGUAUUACACACAGUACUGGCAAAACACGGCAUUAAAGCUUCCUUCUGCAGACUACUGCGUGACCACACCCUAUCAUUCUUGUGAAAUAAGCCCAGAAACUGCUGCCUCAGCAUGUUUACUAGGUUGGAAUCACUUCGGUAGGUAUUGGACCCUAUCAGACGGCGUGCAGCCUCCGCCCUUGGCUAGUUCAUUCCGAGAAUGAACCCUCGGCGGCCCAAUUCGGAACCGCGGCUAUGGACCAACUUCGUUAGAGGGUACGGUUGAUGCCCGAAGGCAUUUCACAGUUUGCCAGUAUCCACAAAACGCGCCGCUGAUGCGGAAAUUCGACGCCGUAGUGGAACUUCCAGACAAACUGCUUCUGGUAAUCGCUAUUAAAUGCUGUAUGAUCAGCAUCAAAACACUAGGGGAACGUCUACCACCCCACAAAUAAAACCAAUUAUCCUACUGCACUCGUGUUAUGGCUCACGUUCCACCUAAGCAAACCAUGUCUGACAUAUGUGUGCUCACUCAUUCGGAAAUCGGGUAACCCUACAACUAGAGGCCAUCGAAAGUCACAUGUUAGUGCUUACCUAUACAACGUAAUCUCGUCUUUGAUGUAUUUCAUUGAGAACAAACUUAAGAUUUGCGUCGCUCUUUUUGAGUAAUAAUUACUACAUUUCAGAGGAAAGCUGCCAAUCCCCUGUUCUCCUUCGGCAAGAAGGGGCAAACAUCAAAGAAGGCCAGAUAG